UGCAUUAAAUUCUUCUAUGAUGGUAAAGUUGAUAUAGCUUUUCAGAGUUAAAAAAAAAAAAAAAACUGGUUGGCACUUUUGAUUAGUGCAGGUAGUAGUUUUAUGGAAAUUAAAAAAAAAGAGUGGUAUUGGCUAAGAAUUUACCUGUUGCCUCUUCAUUCUACAGUGACCUACAAAUUAAGAGAGACCAAGUUCUUCCUGUAGAAACGAAAUUAAAGUAAUACAAAUUCUUGAAAAAGAAAACAAAAAAGUAUUAAAAUAAAUCAAACAAAUAUAAACAGAAUAAAUAAUAUUACUUAUUCUUCUACUUCACUGAUUUCAAUAGUAUAUAGAAUUUGUAUUACAAAACCAAUCUUCUUCUUCUUUAUAAACAAAUAACAAUGACCAUUCACGUAAUGUGUCUUACUGCCGAUGGGGGAUUGCCCAUAUUCACCCGAAAAAAGGGAGAAUGUGAGAAUUUACCUUUCUCCACUGUAGCCUCAUUGAAUGGCGUACACAUGUUCUUUAAAUCCAUGGGCGUUUGUAUGAAUUCGACAAUUGCCGAAGACUGGACUCUUCUCUGGAAAGAUUAUGAAUCAGCUAUUACACUUAUUGUAUGUGGCAGAAACAUGUCGGAAAAGAAGCUAGAAUUGCUUUCCGAUUUGGUAUUUAACUCGUUUAAACUAUUCGUAAACUCAGAAGAUUUACAAACUUCCACCAAAAUUGUAGAUCGUUUAAAAAGAGAAGCAAAGCAAUAUAUGCCAAUAGUCGAUAGACUACUUGACUCCUUGGCAACUGACAUUCUUGGAUUUAACGAUUGUAUACUAUCCACAGAUAAUGCCCACCUUCUGAUGAAAUUGAACGAAUUCAGUGUCCAAUGUGACUCACUCUUUUGUUGCAUAGUUGUUAACCAAAAACUAGCAGUGGGAACAGAAGGUUGGUGGGAUUUGGACUUGAUCGAUCGCAAAUUGCUUAUAACAAUGCUAAACUCAGCAGAUCGAUCACAAAACGAUGUGCCUGUUUACUUGCCCAAGAAGAGCUCAAACACGGCAUAUCGAUUUGUGUCUGUUCCCAUAGCUGGUUGUGGUAUAUUAUGUGUGAUUUGCGGUGCAGAUCCAACAUAUCAGGAGAUCAGCAAUAUUGCACAGAAUGUCUUUCGCAAUGAGAAUGAAAUUAUGAAAAGUGUCGAACGUUGUAUUUCGAAAAAUUUCCUACCCGAAACAAUUGAAAGCAAUGUGAAUGUAUUGGAAAUUGUUUUACUCAAUAAAACAACAAAGAAAUAUGUUUUUUUGAAAAAUCCAGAACAUUCGUUGAGUGAACAACAAUAUUCAAUACUUGGACAAAAUAGUUUGGAAAAUAUUCGAAUGUAUAUUGAUCAAAUGCUUGAAACGGAUGAGAAUAUUUUGAAAGAGAGGAGUGAUGAAAAUUUGCAAUCGAUUGCUGUGAGUUGUGCAAAUCAACAUUGGCUAUCGGAAAAUCACAAUUGCUAUGCUUAUUGUGAUGAACAUGAGAAUAUAUUCUUUGUGCUGUUUACAUUUCAAGUUCCAGUUUAUGCUAUGAAGAUAUUUAGUGAGAAGAUUUUUGCUGCAUUGAUGCAGGAGCGAAAUAUCUGUUGGUAGCGAAAAAAAGAUGAAAAAUUAAUUUUGUAUGAUUCUAUAAAAUAAAUGCUUUUAUAAUUUUUUAUAAAAA